AUGGCUACUUCGUCCGGAUAUGACCACGAAGUAUUCUUGAGUUUCAGAGGACCAGAUGCUCGAUCAGGUAUUGCCGACGUCCUAUACACUAAUAUGAUAGGUAAGGGAAUCCGCGUUUAUAAGGACGACAAAAAUCUCGGCAAGGGGCAAGAGUUUGUCCAAGAACUUCUCGAAGCAAUUAAUCAAUCAAAGAUCUCAAUUCCUAUCUUUUCCAAAAAUUAUGCGUCUAGCAUAUGGUGUCUCAAGGAGGUAGCGCAGAUGGUCGAGUGCAAGAAAUCUAAGGGACAAAAGAUCAUGCCCAUUUUUUAUGAUGUGGAUCCUAAAGAAGUUCGAUACCAAACCGGGGGUUACGAAGAGGCCUUUCGUUCCCAUGAAAAGAAGACGCGAUAUGACAAGAAGACUAUAAGUGAGUGGAAGGCUGCCCUUAAAGAAGUAUCGUUUGUACACGGAUGGGACCUGCAUAGCAAGGGGGAGAACAGGCGAGAAGGAGAGUUUGCAAAAGAACUCACCGAGGAGGUUUUCAAAGAAUUGAAAAAGGAUUAUUUGGCGGUAUCUGAUUACUUGGUCAGUGUCGACGACCAAGUGGAUGCAAUCAUGGAAAUGAUAGGUGCUGAGACAAGUGAAACACGGAUUAUAGGAAUCCAUGGGAUGGGUGGCAUCGGAAAGACAACAAUCGCCAAAAUUAUCUACAAUAAGCUUUCAGACAACUUUAAGAACUGCUGCUUUCUUCGCGAUAUUCGAGAAACGUCAAAAAGUAAGGGCAUUCAACGCUUGCAGGAACAGCUCAUCUCUGACAUCCUCAAAGAGAAAUGUGUGGUUAUAAAAGACAGUGAUGAAGGGAUUCGGACAAUUAAAGAAAGGUUGUCCAAUAAAAUGGUCCUCCUCCUUCUCGAUGAUGCCGAAGAAGGGAAUCAUAUAUCCACACUUAUAGGUAAGCGUGAUUGGUUUGGCAAAGGGACCAAAAUUAUUAUUACUACAAGAAACAAAGGUAUUCUUGAUGUUCCCGAGGUGGACAAGAGUUAUGAGCUUAGCCUUAUGAAUCCCACUCGAUCUCUUGAACUUUUUAGCAAACAUGCUUUCGGAAGAGAUACUCCUUGGGACGAUUAUAUCGACCGAUCCAAGAAGGCGGUAGAAAUUGCUGGAGGUCUUCCGCUUGCUCUUGAGGUCAUUGGUUCACGUUUGGGUCGCGUUGGAAAGGAUAAGGAUAUGUGGGACGCCGAAUUGGUGAAGCUUGAAAGAGUUCCUCGUGAUGAUGUUCGGAGUAAACUGAAAAUAAGCUAUGAUGCAUUAGAUUCUUGGCAAAAGCUUAUAUUCCUCGAUAUAGCUUGUCUUUUCAUUGGAUAUGACAAAGACAUUUUGGUUCAUUUCUGGGAUGAAUCUGAUUUUUUCCCGAUAGUAGACAUGAAAGUUUUGCAGAACAUGUCUUUGAUAAAGAUCAACGAGUAUAAUAAAGUAUGGAUGCACGACCAAUUAAGAGACCUUGGAAGAGCAAUGGUUCGUGAAGAAAGAGGCACGCAGAAGGAGAAGCAGAGUAGAGUGUGGGAUCCCGAGGAAGGAUUGGAUUUGCUCACGAGACAUAAGACGAUGAAGAGAUUGAAAGUUCUGGAUUUGUCCAACUGUAAUAGGCUUGAGAGACUACCAAACGAUCCGUGUAGAGGUCUUACACACCUGGAAUACCUAUCUCCGGCACGGUGCCACUCGUUGACGAGGCUUCCGAAAUCAAUCGGAGAAUUGACGUCGCUGAUUGAGUUGGAUAUAUCCUUGACGGUGAUCAAAGAACUACCCCGUUCCAUCGGAGAGUUGAGGAAUUUGAAAGUGGUGAAGAUGGGGUGCACUAACAUAAGCAAAAUACCCGACGCAUUUUGGAAUAUUGGGAAGCUCGAACAAGUAGAAGCCUCCGGACGUUUCGGGCGUUUACAUGGAAACAUAGGUCCUGGCAUCUACGAGAAUAAAUCCCUGAGCAUCUUGAAAUUGGAGCGGGCGGAUAUAUCCAAACUACCGCGGCUUCCUGAAAGUCUUACUAUUCUUCAUUUGCGUGAAUUGCGGAUGGAGACGUUUCCGGAUAUCUCGAACCUCACUGAUUUAAAGGAAUUGGACCUGACAUUCGCCCGACCUGGUGAUGGUGGGGAAUCUAAUGGGCUUGGGGAAGAUUGGAUACCACGGUGGAUUGUGGACUUGACCAAACUGGAGUCCCUGAGCCUGAACUCUCAUUACGUGGCCACCGUAUCAACAGACCUUAGCCUCCCUCCUCAUCUCAAGUCCCUUCACCUCGACUGCCCUAAUCUCGGUCGCCUCCCGAGGCUUCCCUCAAGUUUAUCCUCCUUAAGUUUGCAGCAUUGCGAGUCACUUCGCUCAUUGGAGGAUCUAUCGAAUUUGAAGAAUCUAUCCUCCAUAUGUUUGGAGCAUUGCGAGUCACUUCGCUCGAUGGAGGAUCUAUCGAAUUUGAAGAAACUAUCAUCUCUCAAGAUUGUCCACUCUGGAAUUGCAGAGAUUCAAGGCCUUGGUUGUUUGGAGAACCUACGAGAAUUGUCGCUUGAUAACCUUGAACGGCGAACUACCACUGUCUUUGGAUGA